UAGCACAGUGUCUCCUAUCCUUGGUUGCAUUUCCUUAUGAUAUUUUGAUACAAAACCAUAACAUUUUUAUUCGUUUUAGGCAUUCAAAAUGGUUUUCUAAUACUGAGGCCUCGUUUUGGAAAGUCAUAUUUAUAUGGCCUAGGCACGUGAAGCUGAAGGCAUUGGUUAGUUGUCCAGUUGAACAAACCCCCCACUUUAUAAAAUGAGUUCUUCGUACAUUAGAAGAAUGGCUGUGCUGAGUGCAAAAAUUUUUGGAAACAUCCCAAGACCUGUUUCAGAGAGGUCAGCAAAAGUAAUUCAAAUGUACAAACAAAAACCAAUGGGACAAGACCGAUUGAACUACUAUCCGCCACUGGACAAGUUCAAUGUUCUGCUACAAAAACUAAGACAUCUUGGUAUAUAUCACGAUGAAUAUCUAGAUUUCAAAGAAGAAAUGAAGGCUAGGAGGAUAGCGAGAGGGAAAAUUCCACCUAAGAAAGGUGAAGGGAAGAGAUCAAAGAAGAAAUAACUUUUGUCGUGGUUGUGUUGUUUUGUGGCAUGCGAUGUUUGCACCCUUGAAGCCGAAACGAAGUUUGAUAUUCAUGUGGCAAAUUUUCAAAGUAAAGACUCAAAAAUGAUGCAAGAGACAGUUCAGGGUUAGUUUUAUGACAUUAAAACACAAGGCCAGUAUACAACUUGUAUCAUUUAAGAUGAGUUGCCCCAGAAACCUUAAUUGUUUUCUCAAGCUGAUGGCAUUACAUUCCCUUCUACUGACAGUGAAUCCAAAGCAAAUCCAAAUGAUGGCAGUCAGUGAUGUUUUGUCUAUAAACUUUCCAAAGAUGAAAUUUCCUUAAAGAGGGGCAGGGUUGCAGUGAACAAGAGGACAGGCUCUCAAGUUUCGGAAUACCUGUUUUCGGAAUUUUGUAAAGCUCCGUUUCAUUUUUGCCUAAUUUGUCCCAUUUUUUAGGUAUUGAGAAGCUUUGUCAGAAAACUAUUUGCCCACCCAAACAUUUUUGUCUCACUGCGCCCCUGAAGAGGGGUGUCGUCUUUGGAGGGAGCAACUGGCUGUUGAUACAGCCCAGAGACAUGAAAAGGCACUCUCUCUAGCUACUCUAAAAAGCCACUAUAUUAUAGAUCUGUGAUGCAUUGGCUAGACUUUGCGAUACCAUCAUCACUUACUUUAUGCAUUAUCCCAUGUUACCACGUGCUUUUGAAAGCCUGUUUGCGCUACGAAAGCAUUAUGAUGCCAACGCCAGUUUAACAACUAUAUUUAGGUUUUAUUGCCUCCUCUUACUGCCACAUUUGAGGAGGAUGUAGGCUAUCAAUUAACAUUAAUACGUUCUUUCCAAAAUUUAUAACGCAAAUGAGAAAAUAAUUGGAGUGGAAUCCUCUUUUAGAAUAGCAGAACUUCAAUAUAUAGCAGUACCGACUUGAUAUAUUGAAUUCCUUCUUCAUAUCUGACCACAGGAUUUGCUGUGUAAUUAUCUUUGAGACACGAUGUCUUUCUAGCCUGUUUGAA